AUGUGGAAUCUCCUUUACUAAAAUCCUAUAUGUUUCAAAAAGAAAACAGCUCAAGUACAUAAAUAAAUAAAUUAGGAUUAACUAAAACACAUUACAACUAUUUAAACAGCCAAGUCCUGCCUUCAUCUUUAACCUCCUUGGUAAUCAACGCAUUCAUUAUAAAAAUUAUCCAAUAAAUAUACACAUAGUAUUUGAUAAACUCUAACUUCUCUUAGUUUAAGAUUUAGAUAUUGUUAAUCAAAACCUUAUUCUUAUGUCUAAAAUGAAAGAGAUUUAAAAAAAAAAAACUAGUUUUAAAAUUCCAACAUCAUAUGCUUCAAUUGAUAAUUUAAGAAAAAAAGAGACUACAAAAAUAAUUUAGGAAAAUUAAACUUUAUUGAAAAGGCUUUAAUCAGCCCAUUCUUAAUAUCCUGUUAAAUUUCUCAAAAAAGAUAAUGAAAGAUUAAAGUAAUAUAGAGAAAAUUUAUAAAAAACAAAAAGUAAUUCUUAAAAUAAUAAAGGAACUUAUAAUGAUUUUAAUGUGUUAGCAUAAUAAGAAUUUUAAAGAAAAUUACUCUAUUCAUCACAAUCUUAACGAAAAUGUAAUUUAUUAAUAUUAAUUAAGUUUUACAAACUAGUGAAAGAAAUAGAUAAAACACAUGUUAAACAGUUCCAUCUUAAUUGUGA